GGUCGGGCCCGGCGGCCGCUCGGGGCUGCUGCGCGGCGGGGGCGGUGCGUCCGACAGCGGGGCCCGGCCCGGCCGCCCGUCCCGGCCCCUCCGCGGGCGGGGGCGCUCGCCUGGCCGGGGCUCUGCGGACCGGGACGGAGCCCUCCGGGCCCCGGAGCGCCCGGCUGCGCGGCGGAGCGGCCGGCGGGGCAGCCGGCUCGGGCGGGGUCGGCGGUGCCGGGCGCCGCGGGGAGACGGGCCGGGCCGGUCCCGGUGCGCUGCUCGGAGCAUCGGAGGGCUCUGCGGGGCGGGUGGCCAGUGGCACAGCGGCCGUGAUGGGUGGUGGGGCAAGGCCCUGGUGACCUUGACUCGCUCGAGAGUUUACUGCACAUUUUAUUAGUGACUGGUUAGAGAAGAUAACCAAAAACCCCUGCGUUUUGUGUGUCUGCUGCUGCAAAUGCUCCCAGUGUGGGUUUGCCUGACCGCCCAUUUUCUCAGCUGUUCUCAGGUUUCUGUGUAUGUGGAGGUGGUAAUGCGGGCUCUCUCUUUACAGCACAGGCCGGAGCAGUGAUACUGAGCUGUGUUUUGUGUCCUUAUCUCUUGCAUUACCGAGGCUUGUGAGCUUUCUCUGUGGCUUCUGGAGAGGUUCUCAGAGAUCCUCCAAGCUUCAGCGUCCUUUGUGCGGUCUCUGAGCGGGGACGCUCCCAGCGUGGUCACGGUCACGCGAGCAGGGUCUUUCAGCCGGCACAGACAGGCCGGGGUCCCGCAAGUGCUCAGCUGGUCUGGCUAAAACUGGGCUUUCUCCAUCUUGUGUUGUGUUUUCACUGAGUGAGAACAUGCUGAUGCAUGCUUAGUAGAUCCUGCAUGUUGUGUGGUUGGCAGGUUGGCAGUGUCAUUGCUGUAGUUUUUUGCUGAGAUAACUUUACUCGCUGGAUUUUCUCAGGAUACUGGGAUGAAGACUUAGCUUGAGCUUCUGGAGGUGUGAAAUAAAACGCACACCACCUCAGUCUUGCAGCGCAUACUGCUCUGACAAAGUGAAUCCCAGGCUUAAGGGUUCCCGUAGCCCCCCGGGAUUUGUUCAUACAUGUGCCAAGAUAGAAAUAACUGAACUGAAUGUCAUUUAAAUGUUGCUGCCCUGGUGCAAGGUUGUCUGUGUAUGGAAACCUAUUUUGGUUUGAAAUAGGACACUCUUCUCAAAUGCGUGUCCAUAGUUAGAAGUGCUGUGAAGCAACAGAAGGUUCAGUUUUGCUCAUUCCCUGACUGAAGUUCCUGUUUCCACGCAGCUAAGUCACAAACUGUAGAGAUCUUGCAGCUGUCUUGAAGGUGGGAGCCUGGGUGCGGGGGUGAUUCCAGACGUGCCUUCGUUUGGGGUGGAAAAUGAAACUGAAAUUGUGCCUGCUCGUGAUGGAGGCCUCCAGGCCUCUGACCCUGUGCCCGCCACGGUCUCCUGUUUUUCUGAUUGAAACUGUGUCCUAUUCCAUGAACAGAAAUAGGCGGCUGGCUGGGGCCGUGCCGUGUUCCCGGGGGCGCUGGGAGGACCAGGCGUGUGGAGAACGGCAGUGUGACUUCAACUCGCGUUGUGCCAGCAGUACCCAGCGCCUUUUCAAAACGGUGCAGCGAUGACCUGGGCGUGCAAGCGGGGGUUUUAGCAGCGUGUCUGCUUCGGUUUGAUGGGAUUAUUUCCUGUGGAGUGAAGGAACUCAGUAAGGUAGUUGAUAAUUUUUUUCUAGUUUUGCCUUAGCUUAUGCUUUUCUGCCGGUGGGAAGAGCAAGUCAGUGUCAAAGUGCAGGGCUUGUAGUUGAAGGAAGAAACAAUAAGACCAUUCUCUCUCCAGGUCCCUUGCUAUUUAACUUCAGAACUUGAGCCACUUUGAUGGCAGCGUGAUGCUUCUGUAGCAAGUACAUCACCAGGCCUGAUCUGGUCAUGUACCCACCAGCUUUUGAACUUGCCUGACAUGUUGAAAAGGAACACCAAGAGGGAAAAAUACUCUAUAAACUCACAAUAAUACAUUAUUUUCUGAAAAUGCGUUCCUUUGCUAAUACGUGUCCCAGCCAAAGCUCAGCAGUGUGUGUGGUCAGUCAUCUCAGUGGAACACUUGAAACGGCCAGUGAAGGCAGCAGGAAAGUGGCCGCGUGCCAGGAGCCGGUUCUGUGUGUCGUGUGCAGCGGGGUCUGGUGCGGGCAGGACGCGCGGUGGCUUUCCCUGGUGGUGGCACAUCCUUUCCCCGCCGGCCUUGUCCAAGCAGCUCCGUGACGUGUGGAAGCUUCUCUCUGCCCCAGGCGGGUGUCCGGCCUCCCCUGGCCGCCUGGGCCUGCCGGGGGCUGGAUGUGGUCCUGCAGCUGAGAACGGCCUCCAGCGAGCAUGCUCCCAGCUAAUGGGAAAAAUGUUCUUCUGGUUGUUUUGGGCCGUUCCCAGAAUAACCCUGCAGCGGGUGGAACAGCGGGAGCCCUUCGGUAGAGCUUGGCAAAUGCAGCUCAGCGCAGGAUGUUGAAAGGUGUCUCCCGGUCAGCUGGUUUGAGUUCUCAGCCACUGUGAUGUUAGGUGGGCGUACAGGUCAAGCUCUCAUUGUUUAAAGAGAGCUUCGUUAAAAUAACAAGCUGUCUAAUCAGAGUAUUUAUAGAAUCCUGCUCCUUAAUUUAAUCUGUUCUUUCACUGUUUGUAUUUUGUUUUUAAGUUCAAAGGCAUGAUGGAAAAGAAACCAAACUUUGCAGAUGCCCUAGGGGAGAAGUGGAAGGUAACUAAUCGUCUGCACAAUUACCCGGCCAGAGACUCCCCUCUGACCUGUGCAGAGUUCAGAAAAACAUUUAUCCGAGUGUGCAGACCAAUGGGUGCUGCCCUGUAUCUGUUCCAGAUGAGUCCUUGAUGCCACCCGCACAGCGGGAAGCUGGUGUGGUGCGGCAGAGCCCGCCCACAGGCUCCUGAUGCUGCGGUGCCGCCAUGCUGCGGUGCUGCCGUGCCAGGCACAGGCCCAGCCCCGCGGCUGCGGAGCCCGAGCAGGGAGCACCGUGCUAUCCGCAGACCCAGAGCUUUGUUUCCUGGGCAGAGGCUCUGCCCGCCUGUCUUCCCCAGCUGUGAGCAUGGGCUGCUGGCUGAGGAGGAGGAAGGUGCCCGUCUGGCCGGGCGCUGCGCAGCGGUGGCGGCGUGGGGAGCUCAGCUCGGCCCUUGCUGCGGCGGGGUGCCGCUACGGGCCCUGUGCCGCAUGGCGUCUCACCCGCAGCUUCCGCCGCCCGCCCUCUCGAGGCGGAAGGCCCGCUCUCCGUGCUCAGCCGCUGCUGCCAUAGAGGGGCUUUGUGCGAGCCGGCACAAAGCCAGGAUUGAUGGCGCUUCCCCUCCCCCUGCCGUGCUCUGACAAAGGUGCCCUUCUCCUCCCACCAAGGACAGGUGCCAUCGGGCCGGGGGUCUGCCCAGCGGCACUCGCUGGGGGUAGGGGCGCUGUCCCCGCUCCCGCUGUGGUGCCAGAGCCCUCCAGCGUUGUCCUUGCCCUCUCCAGGACAGCCCUGCUGUGGCCUGGGGUCCCUGCUGGGGCAGCAUUCGGCAGCAGGUCCCUGGCCCGUGUCAGCCCUGUCCCUGCCAUCAGUGCUGCAGCACAGGAGGGAGCGCCAGGGGCUCCUGCCUGCCCGGGCUCUCCCAGGCCUGCGAGGGGCACCCCCGAGGUGUCGGGGUGGGUUUGUUGGAGGUGCCAAGGGAGCGGAUCUGCUCCCCCACGGCGCAGCUGUGCUGGAACCCGCAGUGCUGUGUUCUCAGCGUGCUGGGGAGUAUUGCCACUUACCUGGAUUUCAGUUCAAAAUAGCCUAAGAGAAGCUCAUAUCAGCAUUAAUUAUCUCCCAGCUCCUCCCGAUGUGUAAUAACAAGUCAUCACAUUAUCAAGAGUGACUUGGAAAAGUUUCAGAAAACAUGCAUCUGUAUGAAGAACAGAUUCACGAUGUUUGCUCAGACUGGGCAUUGUGAAGUGUAAACCCAGGUCCCACUGGCACCAGCACUCACCUCUGCCUUUUCUAGAAGCAGAUCAGUCCAUAAUGCCUGAAGUGCGGGACCUCUCCGAUGCCCUGCCCGACGUGCCCAUGGACCCCAUCACAGGUGUCGGUGUGCUUGCGUCCCGGAACCGAGCACCGACAGGUUAUGAUGUAGUUGCACAAACAGCAGAUGGCUUGGAUGCUGACCUCUGGAAAGAUGGCCUAUUUAAAUCCAAGGUCACGCGAUACCUGUGCUUCACGAGAUCAUUUUCAAAAGAAAAUAGUCAUUUAGGCAACGUCUUGGUUGACAUGAAGCUCAUUGAUAUCAAGGACACUUUACCGGUGGGCUUCAUCCCCAUCCAGGAGACCAUCGACACUCAAGAAACAGCUUUCAGAAAGAAGAGGCUGUGCAUUAAAUUCAUCCCUCGAGAUUCCACAGAGGCAGCGAUCUGUGAUAUCCGCAUCCUGGGCAGAUCUAAGCAGGCCCCUCCGCAGUACACGUUCAUCGGGGAGCUGAACAGCAUGGGCAUUUGGUACCGGAUGGGCAGAGUUCCGCGCAACCACGAGUCUCCGCAGCCUGCCGCUCCUCCUGCCCAGGCGCCGGCGCCGGCUCCGAACCUGCCCAAGCACAUCUCGCUGACGCUCCCUGCCAGCUUCCGAGGGAAAAGUCACAGCUCUCGCCUGGACCUGGAGCACCAGCACUCGAAUUUGUACGCCAUAUCAGCGAUGGAUGGAGUGCCUUUUAUGAUUUCGGAGAAGUUUGCCUGUGCUCCUGAAGGGAUGCAGCCAGUUGAUCUCCUGGGCAUCACAAUCAAAACCCUUGCAGAAAUCGAGAAGGAGUACGACUACAGCUUCCGGACAGAGCAGAGCGCGGCGGCACGGCUGCCGCCCAGCCCCACGCGGUGCCCGCCCGUGCCGCAGUCCUGAGGGGGCCGCCGGCGCCGGAGCAGCGUGUGCGUGCAUACUACUGAGCAGGACACGGCACGGGCCGUCCCGGCAGAGUUCGGCUCCUGCCAUCGCCGCCCACCCUGCGCUGCACCAGCUCCUCCUGCACACACCGCUCCACACCUCGGACUGCGUGACCUUUGGCAGCUGCUCCCCCCCGCUGCAGACGCCUCCACGUGAGUACGUGACUGGAGCCUGACAGCAGCCCCUCGGUUGUCCCCACUUUGUAACCCCUGCUGCAGGGCAGAAAUGUCACAGAGCUGUAACAAACUGCUGCAAACAGCAAGCCAUGAGCUCACGGACCAUCAAGAGAUGCUCAGCAGUGAACCCUAGAACUAAGGAAGAGUAAAAGAUGCGGCCGGUGAACCUGCAGGCCCCUGGGCAUCCCAGCCGCACUGGUGUGCGGUCGUGCUGGGCUCUGCGCCAGGCGCGGGAGGCCCCUGCAGCACUCGGUUCAGCCAGCAGCCGAGUGCAGCGAUGCCCUGGUCUGCUCCGCCCGCGUGCGGGCACAUGGCAGCUCCGCUGUGCCUGCCCUCAGCCCCAUGCUGGGUUCCCUUGGUUUUGCUGGGCUGGCAGAGCUGGGAUCGCUGCUCAGAGCUGCCCUGGGCCCAUCCCCACCCUGGCAAGGCGCAGGGCUCAGGGGGCACCAGCUGCACGGCAGUUCCCGAGGUGAAGCACCUGCUUUGCACAGCGUGUCUGUGUGUCCGUCAGGACCUGCAGUGACAAACAUCCUGUGUUUCUUCCCGGGCUGGGUGCCGGCAGCAGCGCCGCUGACCCCUUGGCAGCCUGCGUGCUGUCACCUGCCCGACACUUGGGACAGUGUUCCAGUGUUCGCCCCACCAGCUGCUCAAACGAGAGCUGUGCCCGUUCCGGUGCGCUCCCAGGAAGCACUGAACUCUGACGCGGUGCAGGAUCAGGGCAGGAUCGUUAAACCCUGACCUCCGCCUGCCUGUGCUCGCUGACCUCAGCUUGCUCCCCCGCCAAACGCAUGUCCUGGAGAAGUCUGUUGCUGUAAUAAGUUAUUUAGAAGUGCCCAUCUGACUCCGUGCUGCUUUUUCAAGUCUCUGCUGUAGAACAAAGCUACAUCAUGGCAGCAAAAUGGCAAUUUUUGGGUGGUGUUAAAACAUACAACUUUUUCUAUUCUAAGAUACUGAUUACCUAACCCUAUUGAAAUGCAAUUGCCAUAGUAACAAAUAACAGUAUUGCCGCUCUCGGUCUGGGUCAUACGUGUGCCCUGACCUGCUUUGCACUGCUCUUGAUUGAUCUCGCGUUUUCUAGUUGGACAGAUGGUGACUAACAGUAGAUUUUGUACUGUCAGCUUGUAUUUUUUAUUUGUACAUAUGUAAAAUAUUUCUUGUCCAAAGAUUCAUUUCUGGUCUUAAGGCACCGUACCAUAUUGCUGGGAUAAUGAGCACAAACUACCGUAACAUUCAGGACAGACUGAUUCCAGGUCUUUGCUUCAACUUCUUCCAAUCAGGUAAAUAAUUUUCCGAUGCUGCCUCUGUAGAGCAAGGCUGUGCGGUUGGAAAGCGAAGGCCCAUUUGGUUGCAGGUGUGUCAUGUUUGGGCAAAAGAAUUAAAGCUACACCAUUGCCACCAGCUCUGGGGGUUUGGGUGACCCCUGGACGUGCUCGUUUACUUGGAGGCUGCAGCACCAUUUUCAGUUCUUAUUUAUCCUGCAGGAAAGCAAAGCCAGACCUCACCGCCAGGCUCACAAAGAGUAGAUUGAUGACGCCGACACCGACAAAUGAACACACCAUGGCAGCCUGGUCAUUCGGCUCAGGUUCACUUGAAGUUCAAAUCCACUCCAUGCUGUAGUACUAUGCCCAUCUCAUCCAUCUUUUGUCUUUCUAUUUUUCUGCUUGUCACUUGUUCUGUGGUUUUCUGUGGCAUCCGUUUAUCGCUUCUCCCGUGGCUCGGUGGACACGCAGCAGGUGAAGCUCCGCGCGGCGCUGCCCGUCGGUUCUGGCUGGGCCGGGCAGGGCCGCCGGUGCGGGGCAGAGCUGGGGGGGCGGCUGCUGGGCCCCCAGCCCGUUCUCCUUCCCGUGCAGCACUCGGGCAGCGGUGCAGGGCCUGGGGGCACUCCUGCUGUGUCCCAGAAAAACGGGCAGGUGGCUUCGAGUCCCUUCCCGUGAGAUUUACCUUAGACAGCAUCAGUAGAUAAAAUUGGUGCUUUAUAUUUAUAGCAACAGUUCCGUUUGCUCAGCUGCCUUAAAGAUAGCAAGCUCAGCUUUCUCUUCAGUGACCUACAAGAAACACUGGAUGGCUCUAAACGCUGACAGGACACGGAGCUGGGACAAGCAUCUCUGAAAUCUUCGGGAUAUAUUUGUGUAGUUGGUUCUCACUCUUCCCUCUCUUACACUGGCCUAGCAAAGCAGCUUCAGGGUGUAUCUGCAAAGCAACUUGAAAGCCAAGUUGGAUCUGUACAGCGUUUCUGCAGGGUGACUCUGCGAGGGACCCGGCACAGCCGUUCUGCGGUACCAGUGCAGCAGAGGCGUUUCAGGCGAAGAGCUGCAGCCGCGAGAGCCCCUGGGCUCCCAGAGCUGCUGGCAGAGGCUGAGAACAGGGCAGGUCCUGAGCGCGGGGCCCGGAGCCGCGCUGGGGAGCGCGGUGAGACACAGCGCAGGGCCCGGAGCCGCGCUGGGGAGCGCGGUGAGACACAGCGCAGGGCCCGGAGCCGCGCUGGGGAGCGCGGUGAGACACAGCGCAGGGCGCUUCGCAGUCACGCGUCGGCUUCUCAGUCCACCAACCAUUCAUCUCUGAAUUCCCAAGAUCCUGAGCAUCAGAUCAGCAUUUCCACAGGCGGGUGUUAUUUGCCGUUCCUUAACCUUGGUACUCGCAGCUGGGCCUUGCAAGGCUGGUCCUUGCGCCCCGGCAGCAGGUCCUCCCCACUGGCAAAUGCCAGAGCCGGAACCAGCAUCUCUUUGCAUCUCGCUCCCCGUCUGGCCAAAAGGCAACUGCGGUAGCAUUGGCCCAGGCAAUAAACAGUCAGGGAGCCCGACUCGGAUGUUGUCUGGCUGUGGAGAAGCCUUUGGAGUGUAAGGGUAAGGGAUGAGUCAAUGGAGAGCAGCAAAAGCAGAUUUACAGAGCUUUAUCAGAUGUGCUUGGUUAGCUUUCCUCUAUUUCUAGAACAAAACUAGUCUCUAGGUAGCUUAAUCUUGUGGCUGAUGGAGAAAUCAGUUUGCCAAAUUAUCAUGUGUGUGCAACAGAGACAGAAAAGCAGUAGUGAGGGGUUUGCUUACUGCAAAAUACACCUUCUGAUGUGAAUUAGUGGUGACACGCUGCCUCCUGGAUUUCUCGCGGCGAAGGGCAGGUCGUGCGCCGCGGUGGCUCGCGGGCCGGCCGGGCCGCGGUGCUGUCCGCUGUGUUAGCCGGGAAAGGCAAGGAAUUAGUCCAGAAAGUAGAGUGUUAACUUCGUGAUAAAAUUCAAGUGUGGACAGAUGUAGCUGUAGUUAUAGGAAUAAACUUUGUCAGCCUUUUUUCCUUUGACUGUCACCGAGUUUGCCCGCGGUGUUUGUAGGAGGGGUCCCUGGGAGCAUCCUGUAUAGUGAGGUUGUUGGUAGUCUGUAGCUUUGGGCUCCUUUGGUUUCACACCUGCCCCAUCCCCCUGGUUUCCUGAGCUCUUCAGCCUGACCCCGCACACGCGGAGCCUGGAGAAGCUCUAACGUGGACAGACGGACACUGGUGCGGCGGGAGGGAAACGGGAUGCGGUGCCGUGGUGCUGGCCGGUCCCACGUUGGCCUUCACCUCCCCGCUGCCCACGGGCGACUCGGGGUCUGUCCCCACGUCUGUCCCCGGGUCCCACGGGGGUGGCAGCGCAGCUCACCCCGAGCGGUCCCAGUCCCGGUCCCAAGGGCUCGCGCCUCGCGCUGCCGUCCCAUCCCGACCUCAGCCGCAGCCUUGCCCAGCGGCCCGAGCGCUGCCGGCCGAGCCGUCCGGAGCCCCGGGGGCCGCAGCAGCGAGGGGGCUCCCCUGCUCCUCAGUAAGGUGCUGCUCACUUCAUUCAGUACAGGGAAACCAAACAGUUUGGAUAUUCUGGUCGUUUAUUGUGAAAUUGUUUCCUAACAGCAACAGUUUUAAAUGUCAUCAUGCAAAUGGAAAAGAGAAACCUUUUAUGCAGUUGCAAAGUGUUUUUUUAAGAUGCUAUGCAUUUUGUUGGGUUACUGAAAGUGAAUUUACUGUGCAUUAAUCUUAUGAAUGUUACUACAUUUUAUAUUUAUUUUAGAUGACCCUCCUGUAUUUUACGAAGGGAAGUUUCAUUGUGUGAUAACUUAGUCUGUAUUCUUAAUAUAAUUUGUUAAAUAAAACUUGUUUUAAUCA